CCUGCCACUGGCCAGGUCUUCCUCCUCCAGGUCUGGAGCUAACAGACCCAAGCCUGGGAAUUCUCUCCUAUUAUGCCCGCACCACUGGACCAUAAUGAACGUCCCCAUCUCCCUCGCCAUCUCCUCUCUCCAGCCAGUUUGUAAAUACUUGGAUUGCAGCAGCUGCAGCUGUCUGGUCCAUCAGUCUCGAUUACUUCAAGAUGCGAGAAUGAAGAACUCAGAUCCAGUGGACCGUGUUGUGCCUCUCACCUCUCUAUGGUUACCGCUCCGUGGGUAUAAGAGCAGCUUGUGGCGCUGCUGAACUGACUACAGAAAGGAAAGACCGCCAGAUAACCAGGAGAUAGACUGCAGGACAGGAUAUCAUCCAAUGACAGGUGAGGAAGAAAAACUGAUUCAUAAUCCCCGAUAUUUAAGUAAGUGUUCACAGUUAUGUGUUGAAUGAAAAACAUCAGCUUUUUAUAAAAACAUACUUAAAUUAUCAAAUUGUUUUUAGUGAAAGAAAACAAAUAUUAAGAAUGACACCCCGUCCUGCUGAUGUCACCCGUUUAUAGACCUUCCUUGCCGGCAAUGGAGUCUGAGAGUCUGAUCCGAGGGCUGCUCUUCCUCUUCCUCACAGUGGUGGGCGUUCCCGGGAACAGCCUGGUGAUCUGGGCCUUUGUCCGGGUGGCGAGACACGAUCGGCGCCUCCUGCCUGCAGACGCCAUCGUGCUGCACCUGGUCUCGGUGAACCUGCUGGUGGUCGUCGUCCGCUGUCUCCCGGAGACCCUGGCCACCUUUCGGCUGGCCGCCAUCUUUAACGACGCCAGCUGCCGUGGCAUCAUCUAUGUGUUCCGCACCGCCCGCACCCUCUCUAUCUGGCUCACCUUCGUACUGAGCGCUUACCAGUGCCUAAGCGCUGCCCCGCCGGGAUCCCGCUGGGCCCAGGUGCGCGCCACCGUUGCCCACCACCUGGGCUUCAUCUUCCUGGCGCUGUGGCUGGUGAAUUGCAUUAUCAGCUGCCCCGCGGCCAUCUACUCCCUGGGUUCCCGCGGCAACUCCAGCCUCAUGGAGCACAGCAUCAAUGCGCAGUUCUGCCUGGUGCAGUUCCCCUCCGGCCUUGCCAGGGACGCAAACGGAGCAGUGCAGACUGCCCGUGACGUGGUGCCCAUGGCCUUCAUGACCACGGCGAGCAUAAUCAUCCUGGUCUUCCUCUACCGCCACAGCCAGCAGGUGAAAGGCCUCCGUGGCGGAGCCGGCGGAAAGUCCAGACCCUCGGCGGAAAGGCGGGCCGCCAAAUCCGUCGUUACCUUGGUGACCAUGUACGUGGUGUUCUACGGUGUCGACAAUGGCCUGUGGGUGUACACCAUCACCGUGACUCAGACCCUGAGCUCCGCGCUGGUGUCUGACCUCCGAGUCUUCUUCGCCUCCCUUUAUGCUUCGGUAAGCCCCAUUGUCAUCAUCAUCUCCAACACGAAAGUGAGCCGACAGCUUCAGUGCCAGUCAGAGGAGAACGCCGCCCGAGGCUCCGAUGCUGCCCUUUCCCCGGCCUGAGAUCGGACUCGGCUUCUCGCCGAGACGAUCCACUUCCCAAGUGUGUAAAGACGCAGUUAGAGGAUGUCGCCUGAUAGGAAUAUGGGGGCGAGAGCUGACAAGGCUUACAGCCCCUGCUCUGUCGCCUGAAGAUCAGCUGGAGCCACCUGACGCCAACUGCUCUUCUGACAGCCUAAAAUUGUUAUUUAUAUCAGGGAUGCCAACUUUGCUCAGCUGGCUGGAGUGAGAUUUUCAAUUCAAGACAAGUCUGCACAUGCAUUUACAUGUAUGUAACAGCUUUAUUACCUGGUAAAUAGUCUGUAGAGUUUGCAAACUGUCCUAACACUUUCGGUGUAGCUACUUUUAGGCAUAUAAUGGAAUAAAAUAGAUUUGCUGUAAGAUUUCUUGCAUCUGAAAGCGCGUCACACCAGAUGAGUGACAGCUGAGAACCCUGCAGUUUGCUUGCUGAAGGUGAUGUAGCUGUACGACGAGGUCUAUCAAUGUAUUGAAUGAUGAAACAAUGGAACCAUUAAAAUGCUUUUUGUACACCUA